AUGGUGCCCCAUUUCAUUGGUCGACAACAAGAGUGUGAAGAUAUUUUACGUGUGCUGUCGCCCACAUCUGCUCGGCUAGUCUCUGUAUCUGGACCCCCUGGUUUUGGUAAAACCUCAUUGGCUAUUGCAGUAGGACACCGACUUAGACAGCUCGAACGACAAGUUUAUUUCCUUUCCUUGAGAAGAAUCAAGACAGCAGAAGAGCUGAUCUCUGACCUCUUAAACACCUUUGAGCAUGCAUCUGAUGUAACGGGGCAAGAGCGUUCAAAACAAUACAAACUCCUCAGUGCAAUUCCUUCUAAUAUCUGCAUCGUCCUCGAUAACGCCGACGACCUGUUCCAGACUGGUGGUGAAACGAGCCAAGAUGUUUUAGACCUUCUGGAAAAGAUCUUCUCUCAUUGCGAGAAUGUGUCCUUUCUAUUGACCACAAGGAUGAGUCUUCAAUCGGUGCUGAGAAGAAAAUUUGCUGGUCACACUUCUGUCGAUGUUGCAUCGCUAGACAGGAAUUCGGCACAAAUGCUUGUUGAAGAACUUGUCCCUCCUGCUAAUGAAAGUGAAUGCUGCAGAGUGGCUGAGAUUUGUGGAAACGUUCCGCUCGCUAUCAAGCUUUUGUGCGGUCAAAUCGUUGACGAGAAGAAGAGUGCAUCUCAAUUCCUUGACCACUUUAGCUGCUCUUCAAAAACGAUAGUAGUGUUGUUAGACGAUCCAGAUGCACCUAACGAUCAACGUUUAAAAGUCUUGUUCGAGUCUUAUUUCAAAAGACUAUCUCGAGAAGAGCAAGAAGCAUUUGUUUGUCUUUCAGUUUUUGUCAGUGAAGUGUUCGACGAGCAAGCUGCAGUAAACGUCAUUGGAGGAGAUGAAGAUACAGCAAAGAAAACAUUGUUGAGGCUCAAGAGAAAAUAUUUGGUUGAAGGAAAUUCCUCCCAACCAGUGCUGUUUUCUUUUCAUCCUCUCAUCAAGUCGUUUGGUUCCGAAAAAGCAGAUGACAUGAAAGAAAUUGCUCUCGAAGCACAAAGGCGAUUCCUCAUUUAUUACGUCAAGUUGUUUGAAAAUUUAAACAACCAGUUUCUCGCUGGAAAUUCUCUGCUCGCAUUUCACGAUUUCGAAUUUAACAAAGAAAAUGUGGUGCGUAGCCUCUCCGAAGGUCUUCAAAAUGAGGCUGUCUGCGACGCAAUUUUUGAUGUUCUUUCCGAUGCGGAUCUGUUUUUGGACACCAUUUUCUACUUUGAGCAUCCCUGGAGGUUUUACGAAAUUUAUAAAUUAGCAAUAGCUAAGGCAAAAGAGCAGCGUAAAUUUAAAGCUGUCCACCAACUGCUAAUUGGUAAAGCUUUUGGUGAAAUAACCUGUGAUUAUGGGGCUACAUUGGCAUUACUAAAAGAGGCCGAAGAAAUAGAGAAGCAAAAUCCUCUUCUUAUUGCAGAAGUUGCCAAGGGAAAACGAAUGUGUUACGAUGGUAUUCACUUACUAAGAUAUAGAGCGACAGCGAAAGGAGGCGAAAUUCUUGAAACAGGGAUAUCCCGGUUGAGUUCUGAAAAUACUGUACUUAAGAUUUUAUGCUCCCACAUUCUUGCUUUGAUUACUGCUCAUACAGAAAAGUCUUCCUACUACCAGAACAUGGUUUUAACUGAAUGCGCUAACAGACCAUCCUUGUAUGCUUUCUUCAAAGCUAUAGAAGAAGGCGAUUGUGCUGACGAAAAAGAGAAUGAAAACCCAAAAGGUUUCAGUCAACCACUCAUUACGGCGCUUGCUAUUCUCAUCAACUCUAUUGCGUAUGUCUAUGACAUGAAGGAGGUAAUCUCUAAACUUGGUUUGCCAAUUUCACAGUUGCAGAAAGAAGUCGAAGCCGAAGCAAGGAACGACCGUCUAUACUUACCACUACGCUUCAUCGUUGAAAACACCCUGGCUGAGGUAAAAAUAGAGCAAGAAAGUCCGGCAGCGAUGCAGCUCGCUCUUGAUAAUAAUAUAAAAGAAUAUGGUGGGCUAAACCCGGAUACAGCCCAAAGAUACCAUAACAUUGGAUUAAUUUUAUGUAAACAGAAGAAUUAUGAUGCUGCUUUGAGAUAUCAUGACCAAGCACUAGAGAUCAGAUGGAAGCUUUAUGGGCUCGACCAUGCAGAUACUGCCGACAGCUAUCACGAGAUUGGACGUAACCAAUUUGAGAAAAAAGAUUACGAGUUAGCACUGCAAUCGUCCAAGAAAGUACUUGCUAUCAGACAAAAUCUUUAUGGGAAUGUCCACUCAAAGGUUUCCUUCGCUUGUUAUCAAAUUGGAGUGAUAAAGCAUUGCUUGAAUGAGUACGAUUUAGCUGUUGAUUGGCACCAGCAAGCCCUGGAUAUUAGAGUGGAGCUGUAUGGAAAGGAGCACCCAGCCUCCGCUAGAUGCUACUUCGAGAUUGCGCAAUCACAGUACGAAAUGCAAGAUUAUGAUUCUGCGCUGAAGUCAUGUCAACAGGCACUUGAUAUCAGGUCAAAUCUUUUUGGACAGGAGUGCGAAUUGACAAGCGACAGUUCUCGCCAAAUGGAAUUGAUACGAAGUCAAUUGUAA